CUGAACGCAGCCCAGUACGUACGAAAUAAAAGAGGACUGAUCGAAAAGAGAGGUUAGAUAGCCCCACGAGUCCGCGCGCGGCGGAACGUAACAUAACCUCGCGGAGACUCUCUCGCGAUUCUCGCGCGUGUGAAACUCGGAUCGGUCGCGUGGAGAUGAGGCGCUAGGGUGUUACGUCGGCCCCAGCAUGCUCCUCACUCGGAUCACGCGGUACGUCCUCUUCGCGUCGAACGUCACCUCCGCGUCGUGGAGGCGAGCGCUGCGCGAGGAGGCUGUCGAAGGCCGGCCGUUGAGUCGUGCCAUUCACGUCGGCCAGCAGCGGCGGAAGGACGACAACAAGAAGAAGAAAGAGGAGAAGGGGAGCAAGCCGUCGGCCCUGAUACUUCACGCCUUCUCGAACGCCGAGAGCAAGGAGAGGGAGGCCUAUCUGGACAUCCUGCGCGAGUACAAGAACAACAACGACGUUCGGCACGGCCACAUGGAGUUCAUACAGGUCGCCCUCAAGUACAUGGACGAGUUCGGGGUGAAUCGCGACCUCGCGGUCUACAAGUCCCUGCUGGACGUGCUGCCCAAGGGCAAGUUCGUCCCGCGCAACUACUACCAGACGAUGUUCAUGCAUUACCCGAAGCAGCAGUACGUCACCGUCGAGCUGCUCUGCAAGAUGGAGCACAACUGCGUGAUGCCGGACCUGGAGAUGCAGGAGAUGCUGCUCAACAUCUUCGGCAAGCACGGGCUGCCGCUGAAGAAGUUCUGGCGGAUGAUGUACUGGAUGCCCAAGUUCGCCAACCUGAACCCCUGGCCGUGCGCCCGGCCGGCGCCCAAGGACCCGCGGGUGCUCGCCCGGCUGGCGAUGAGCAAGAUGGCCAGCGCGGACGUGCGGAGCACGAUCACGGACUUCGAGACCAGGGACGUGGAGGACGCGAUCGAGGACACGUGGAUCGUGUCUGCGAUGAGCGGCUCGCAGGAGGAACUGCUGCGAACGCACCCUCCGGACACUCCGAUCUUCGUCGAGGGGCCGUAUACGGUCUGGGUCGCGGACCAGUGUAUAGAUUAUUUUGUUCUGAAGGGAGCGCCCAAAGAAAGGCAGAAUGUUAAGGAAGAUCCCGAUGAUGUUUCAAAUAUCAGAAUACCAUUUUGGGACAAGAAAGAACUUAUUCUUGCACCUAUGGUUCAUGAGCAAGACGAUGGCACGUAUUUUGCAAUGUGCGCCACCGGCACGUCCACGAAAGACUCCUUGCUAUCUUGGAUACGAUGUCUGCAAAAGAAGAAUCCCAGCUUGACUGUAAUUCCGGUAGUGUUCAAAUUAAUGUCGUCCACGAGGGAACAGUUGUACAUCGAGACUGAUGAAAGUGAAAACGAGAUAGUGCGAAUGAAGGAUGAUAGUACAAAUUAACAGGUACAGAUUGUUGAAUUACUAAAUGCCGAAUAGUGGUAUACGAUAUCACUAAUGUAACAAAUCGACACGCAUGUCUGUAGAUAGCUCUUGUUUGUAUAUAAAAAUAUAACGUUUUUCAUAACGUUGACAUCAUUUCAA